GCUAUAAUGCGGAUACGAGUUGGGUACCACAUGUUCUGAAUUCAAUUCCUUUCUCUUGAGACAUUUCCACUGUUGUAUAGACAGCUGUGAUAGCUGUUUUAAUAUAAACUGCCAUAUUUAGCUUAAGAAACUGCAAUAAAGAUGACUGUAACAAUGAAUGCUAAACAAGUUCGACAAGCUUAUAUUGACUUUUUUAAAAGCAAAGGUCAUGAAUAUGUUCAUUCUAGUUCUACAAUACCACAUGAUGAUCCAACAUUAUUAUUUACAAAUGCUGGAAUGAACCAGUUUAAACCAAUAUUUUUAGGAACUGUGGAUCCAAAUAGUGAUAUGGCUAAGUGGGUAAGAGUUGUUAAUAGUCAAAAAUGUAUUAGAGCUGGAGGAAAACAUAAUGAUUUGGAUGAUGUUGGAAAAGAUGUUUACCAUCAUACAUUUUUUGAAAUGAUGGGAAAUUGGUCCUUUGGAGAUUAUUUUAAAAAAGAAAUAUGUACUUGGGCUUGGGAGUUUUUGACAGUAAAAUUAAGAUUACCAGCUGAUCGAUUAUAUGUAACUUAUUUUGGAGGAGAUGAGAAAAAUAAUUUAGAUUCUGAUGAAGAAUGUAAAGCAAUCUGGCUUUCUUUAGGAGUGUCUCCUAAUCAUAUAUUGCCAGGAAAUAUGAAAGAUAAUUUUUGGGAAAUGGGAGAAACAGGUCCAUGUGGACCAUGUAGUGAGAUACAUUAUGAUCGUAUUGGUAAUAGAGAAGCAGCUCAUCUAGUGAAUCAGGAUGACCCUGAUGUUCUUGAAAUUUGGAAUCUUGUAUUUAUACAGUUUAAUAGAGAAUCUGAUGGAUCUUUAAAAUCAUUGCCAAAGAAACAUAUUGAUUGUGGGCUGGGCUUAGAAAGAUUGGUAUCUGUUAUUCAAAAUAAACAGGCUAAUUAUGAUACAGAUCUGUUUAUACCACUAUUUGAUGCAAUACAAAAAGGUACAGGUGCACCACCUUAUCAAGGAAAGGUAGGCAUAGAUGAUAAAGAUGGAAUAGAUAUGGCAUAUAGGGUUUUGGCAGAUCAUGCACGAACUAUUACAAUUGCACUUUCUGAUGGAGGUGUACCAGAUAAUACAGGUAGAGGGUAUGUGCUGAGAAGAAUCUUGAGACGCGCUGUGCGUUACGCAACUGAAAAAUUAAAUGCUAAACCUGGCUUUUUUGGAACAUUAGUAAACGUGGUUGUAGAAAUUCUUGGUGAUACCUUCCCCGAAGUAACAAAAGAUCCACAGUACAUAAUUGAUACCAUUAAUGAAGAAGAAGAACAGUUCCUUAAAACUUUAUCACGUGGUCGCAAUUUAUUGCAUCGUACUAUCGCAAAAUUAGAAUCAUCAAAUAUUCUCCCAGGAGAUAUUGCAUGGCGUUUAUAUGAUACAUACGGUUUCCCAGUAGAUUUAACACAACUUAUGACUGAAGAAAAAGGAUUAAAAAUUGAUAUGGCUGGAUAUGAGGAAGCAAAGAAACAAGCUCAGCUUAUAUCUCAAAAUAAAUGUGGUGGUGUAGAUGAUCAAAUUAACUUAGAUGUUCAUGCAAUUACUGAACUACAAAAUAAAGGAAUUAAACCUACUAACGAUUUGCCAAAAUAUAAUUACACAGUUACCGGUAAUAAAUUAUACGAGGAAUACGAAUUUGCUCCAUGUACUGGUACUGUAAUUGCCCUUAGACGUAAUAAGACUUUUGUUGAUGAAGUAUCAUCGGGAGAAGAAGUUGGAAUUUUGUUAGAUCAAACAAACUUUUAUGCAGAACAAGGUGGACAGAUAUACGAUGAAGGAUUUUUAGUCAAAACUGAUGAUGAAGAUACCGAGGUUCGUAUAAAGAAUGUUCAAGUUAGAGGUGGCUAUGUUUUGCAUAUUGGAACCGUUGGUCAAGGAACAUUAAAAAAGAACGACAAGGUUUAUUUAAACGUAGAUACUACUAGAAGGAGAUUCUUAAUGAGCAACCACACUGCAACUCAUGUUCUUAAUUACGCGCUUCGAAAAGUAUUGGGCACGGAAGUUGAUCAGAAAGGUUCUUUAGUUGCACCUGAUCGUCUUCGUUUUGAUUUUACAAAUAAAGGAGCAAUGACUUCAGAACAAGUAAAAAGAGUUGAAGAAAUAACGAACAGUGUAGUAAAAGAAAAUAAGAAAGUUUAUGCUAAAGAAAGCAGUUUAGCCCUAGCAAAGACUAUCCAAGGUUUACGUGCUAUGUUCGAAGAAACGUAUCCUGAUCCUGUGAGAAUUGUUAGCAUUGGUAUACCAGUUGAAGAAUUAGAGAAAGAUCCCUUAGGUCCUGCUGCAACACAGACUAGUGUAGAAUUUUGUGGUGGAACACAUUUACAUUAUACGAAACAUAUGGAAGAUUUUAUCAUAGCUAGUGAAGAAGCUAUUGCUAAAGGUAUUAGACGUAUAGUAGCUCUUACUGGCCCUGAAGCAACAAAAGCUCAGAAGAAGGCAGCCGUGUUGCAAAACCAUUUGGAACAACUUCAAACAACUAUAGCUAAUGAUAAGAAUGGUACUAAUAGCAAAGAAUAUGUAAAAAAGAUCGUUGAAUUAACAGAUGACGUCUCACGUGCUACAAUUUCAAGUUGGAAAAAAGAUAAUAUGCGCAAAAUGUUAAAAGAUUUAAAAAAGAUGCUUGAUGACAAAGAACGUUCAGCAAAAGCUGCAAUCGCUAAUGCAGUCGUGGAUACUAUUCAACAAAUAAUUCAGCAAAAUGUUGGGUGCCCGGUAUUGGUCGAAACAUUACAGGCAUAUAGUAAUACCAAAGCGUUGGAUUCUGCUCUUAAAAAAAUAAAAGCUAUAUCUCCAGAAACAAGUGCAUUACUUGUAACGGUAGAUCCUGAUGCUAAUAAAAUUUUUGCACUUAGUAUGGCAUCUAAGUCUGCUAUAAAUAAAGGAUUGAAAGCAAAUGAAUGGAUUCAAGAAAUUGCUCCGCUUAUGAAAGGAAAAGGAGGUGGAAAACCCGAGUCUGCCCAGGCAUCGGGAACUAAUAUAUCAUGUUUAACAAAAUUAAUACAUACCGCAAAGAAUUUUGCUAAUUCGAAACUCGGAGUUAUAAGUAACAAUGAGAUUGUUACAAAUAACUAUAAUCAGUCAAAGGCUAGUCAAAACUCUGUAUGUUCUAAAACUUCGAAGGGGAAAUUAAUACUUUCUGGUAAUACUGGAAGUAUUAAAUAUUAUCGUGCUCAAAUAAUAGCACAAUACAGUGAUAAAGAAUUGGUUACGAAUGAGUGUAAAAAUGACGGUACAACUUCUAACAGCAUUAAAUUAGAAGGGAGUGGUUUUGAACUAUUUGAUAGCAAUGCAAUUGCUUUCUACUUAGCAACUGAUCAAUUAAAAUGUUCAAAAGAUACUUUCAUGUUCAGUGAAGUUUUACAAUGGUUAAGUUAUGCAGAUAAUCAUAUUUUGCCAGCAGUAUCAGGGUGGGUUAUUCCAUGCAUCGUGAAAAAUGUACCAAAUAACAUGAAAGCAGGUAUCAAGACAUCCAAGGAAGAUCUUCUUUCUUCUUUAACUAAAUUGAAUAAAUUAUUGUUUACAAAAACUUAUUUAGUCGGAGAAAGAAUCAGUCUUGCAGAUGUUGCUAUUUUUACUGCCUUGAUACCAUUAUAUGAACAUGUAUUUGAUUCAAACUAUAGGAUACAAUAUCCAAAUUUAACUAGAUGGUUUCUUACUAUUUUAAAUCAGCCGCAAGUAACCAGCGUAUUAAAAAAUUUUAAAAUGUGUGAAAAAGCUGUUAAAAAUUGAGUGUUAAAAUAUUAUAUUCUUUAAAGGAAUGGGUUUUAUACAUUUUUAUU